GUGAGGGCUCCGCUGCUUCCCAGCCGUCUGCUUCGGUCCCCUGCCACCUCCAGUUUCCAGAAUGCCUGGCCCGACCCCCAGUGGCACCAACGUGGGCUCCUCAGGACGCUUCCCCGGUAAAGCAGUGGCCGCCCGGGCGGCGGGUAGCACGGUCCGGCAGAGGAAAAAUGUCAGCUGUGGAACAAGGAGCGCAGGCCGCAUGACCUCAGCAGGCACUGGGGGGAUGUGGCGGUUCUACACGGAAGAUUCACCUGGCCUCAAAGUUGGCCCUGUUACAGUAUUGGUUAUGAGUCUUCUGUUCAUCGCUUCUGUAUUUAUGUUGCACAUUUGGGGCAAGUACACUCGUUCAUAG